UCUGCGUUUGGCUCUCGUUCCUACUCGGACCUUUUUAACAGUUGCACAGUAAAACAUGGCGGCCAACAUCGAACAAAUUUUUCAAGAAUUUAUUUUGAAUAAGAUCAGAGAGAUUGAAGACCAGAAGGAUGAUAAAGCCUGUGGAGCUAAAGCAGUGGGUUUCAACAGGGAACCAGAGGAAGGACGGGGAAGUCCAGACAAGCCGGCCGGAGGCAGCAGCUCACAGAAGAAACACAAAAAGCAUAAAAGUAAAAAGAAAAAGCGGAACCAAGAGAGAGAGAGCAGCUCUGAUUCCGGAUCCGAGCUGGAGAGAGACAUGAGACACCGGCCAAGAAGAAGGACACCAACAUCAGAGCAAAAGGAGCAGGGUGAGGAUCGUGGCAGUAAGUCCAGGUGCCACAAGGAACGCUCAACAGGAAAGAAGAAGAAGAAAAAGAAGAAGAAGAAGAAGAAGAAGAGACGGAAAAGUGGAGAAAAUUCAUCGGAUUCUGAUUCAGAGAUCACAGCAAAGCAGAGGGAGGAUGGAGGUGGUCUGAGCUCGUUGAGACGGCAGGAGGAGCUUCCUGAUAUAAUCCCUAAACAGGACAGCUCCAAUAAAGAAAAGGUACAUGAGAAACGACACCAGACGAGGAGUCCCUUUUCACCGUCACAUUCCUGUUCUCAAUCCCAUUCCUGCACGGAUCAAAGGAGCUCCUUGCCUUCAUCUAGAAACAACCGCCAAAGGUCAAGGACUCGCUCCCCAUCCAGUCCACAGUGUCACAGGACCCAGUCCAGCGUGGCUGAUGGUAGCUCCAGUGAGAAGAGGGAAGGUUUGUAUGGAUCCACACAAUCUCAUCGGUGUUCUUUGAAGAACCUUCAGCCACCUCUUCUCACCAUUAGUCCUGCCCAAAGACUCAUCCAAGAAGAGAUGAUUGAGUCCAGAAUCUGUCCGCUGGAGAGCUCUGCUCAGAAUGUAACACCAGUGGGGGGGCAGGGAGAAAAAGCUUCAGGUUCUGGCCCAUCCCAGCCAACGCUGAACAAGUCCAUAUCUACUGAGCCUGAACGGACCUCAGAGUCUAACCUGUCUGAGUGUAAAGCAUCAGACAGCUCCAGGUCUGAAGAUAAAUCACCAGUCAAAAAGAAAAGAAGACAGUCCAGUUCUCCACAGAGGAGCAAAGAAAAGAGGUCUUCAAAGAAGCAGAAACGAUCCAAGUCGCCUCACAGGAGCUACAAGAGAAGAUCCAGAUCCAGGAGCCGCUCAGGGAGGAAGAGAUCCCGGUCGAGGUCAAGAAACCGGCGCUCUCGGAGGUCCUUCUCACGCUCGUUAUCCCUUAGUCGAAGGAGAACCACCUUCAGCCAGAGGGACCGCUGGAAACGAGAACCCAGCCAUUCCCCCGUCCUCAUUCUUCGCAAAAAACGAUCCCCUGUGAGGAAAGACAGGAGUCGGAGCAGUAGUCCACACCGCGUCAGUGAACUGGAUAAGGAGCAGCUGUUGGAAAUAGCCAAAGCCAAUGCUGCUGCCAUGUGUGUGAAAGCUGGGAUGCCCAUCCCUGCCAUCCUCAGGUCUGCGAUGCUUCCACUGGCUCUGCCCAGCAUGGCCAUGAAUGCUGCUAUGGCUAGCAUGACCGCUGCCUCUGUGACAGCAGCCUUGUCCAACAUGGGGACUCUGUCCUCUCUGCUCCCACUGCCCACCAUCAUCAACAAGCCACCUCCUACCUCCGCCCAGACCAACACUGCUGCUCUGGAGGAGGUGAAGAGGAAAGUGGCCAAGCAGGCCAACAGCAUCAGCAUUAAGGAGUUCACUGAUAAAUGUAAGAUGAUUGCAGACAGCACGGCGGAGCUGCCAGUGGCACUACCUCAUGUUUCAGAUGAAGAGGAUGAUGGUAAACUGUUUGGAGGAACAGCCGUUCGAGAGCAGAAAGUCAUCAGCUUCAACAUCAAUAGCACAACAGUUCGUCCCUUGGUACGUAGUGAUGCAGACAUGGCCAAGGAGUUUCCUGUGUCUUCAGGGUCACAACAUCGUAAGAAGGAGGGAGAGACACCUGGUGCUUAUGGUGAAUGGGUUCCAGUCGACAAAACAACAGAAAAAACUCCCGCUACCUCCAAAAAGUCGAACGCCCCUACAGUAACACCAACGCCACCGUCGAGUGAGAAGCCAGUGAGCGUGGGGUUACCCGAUGUUGUUGAGCAGCCGGUGCCGGACAGCGACAGUGUUUUCCCCGACACCCGACAACAGCCGGUGGACAUUUCUCAGGCUGUGACGGAGCGAAUCAAAGCCCAGAGGCGACUGGCUGAGAACCCGUACGACAUCAGCGCCAUGUGCAUGCUCAGCCGGGCUCAGGAGCAGGUGGACGCUUGGGCACAGUCCACUAACGUGCCUGGUCUCUUCACUGGUUCAACUGGAGCUCAGGUCCUCAGCUCUGAGGAGCUGUCCACCAGCGGACCACAAGCAUGGCUGAAGAAG